AGGCCGUUCUGGCUGAAUAAUCGGUGCGUUUGGCAACAGAGCCAGAACGUUACCACAGCAUCUGUGGGGUCUCCCAUUGCAUUGCGGAUUAUUUUUGCGUCAGAUCCGCCCGGUACAACGCCAUGGCGGGUAGCCAAAGCAAGAACCUCGUUGGGGGCGUAUGCUUCAAGCCGACGGCAGCCCAGGUAGUUGCAGCCGUCGAGAGCCUUUACGCCGACAAGCUCAAGCCAUUCGGCCGCAUCCUCCUGAAGCGCGUCGGUGAGCACGCGGCCGACAUCACCGCUGCGAACGCCCUGAACGGCAAGACCACCUACGGCUACGUGUCCAUCGACGAGGGGCACAUCCCCCGCAUCGACCCCAAGCACCUGAUGCGCACCUGCAGGCAGUGCCCCCAGCUGCGCGUGGAGUUCCUGGACUCUGGCGAGUACGCGGCGAUGCUCGUGGGAUGCCCGCCGACGUUCGUCGACCCCGGCAGCGACCCCUACCCCCCAGAGCUCUGGGUCGACCUGAUCGUCUACUUCAACGGCCUCGCAGACUCCCACCCGCCGCUCCCGGGCGGCAGGUACAACAGCGCCCGGGCGCUCAAGGCGCGCGACCUGCCGUUCCUGGAGGGCCGCAGCCUCGGGGAGGUCUGCCACAUACUGGCCCUCGCGGUGUCCCAGAAGAAGAUCCUGGGCCACUUCAAGGGCCACACCGUCCCGUACGCGCGCUCGGAGAACGGGCAUAAGGAGUUCUGCGCCUCGGCCGAGCUGCCCGUCUGCACAACGAAGCUGGCGACCGCCGGCAUGCCCGUCGCGACCUGGGAACAGGCCUACCAGGGACUGCAGGAUCGGCUGCUCGCCGAGUCCGCCAGCAAGGGGGCCCACGGGAUCCCCAUGCCGAACGUGAAGCGCCUGUUUCGCUCCAGGCUGGGCCUCGAGCUGAGCGAGACCGCCCUGGGGCACUCGCGGGUGCAGGACUUGCUGCAGGACGAGCGCCUCCACGGCAUCUGCGAGGUGAGGCGCCAGGGCGUCAACAACAAUUACGUCGUGGUGAGGCAGAGCGCCGAGGUCCUCCCGCCGCCCGGCAUUCUGGGCCACUGCGCCGUGCCGCUGCACGAGGCGGAGCCGACCUACGUCCAGCCCUCCUCCUUGUCGGGCGGCUCCUGGCCAGGGAGCGGGGAGCCGCAGCCGGCGUACAUCACGCCCACGCUGCUCGAGAGCAUCCCCCUCGACGCGAAGUGGGCGAGCGACGAGUGGCCGCUGCGGAGCGGGCGGAGCGGGUUCUACGGGCUCGACCCGGAGUGGGCGAGCGGGCCUUUCGGGCUGGAGGUCGACCUGACGCCAUGGGACUCCGCCGAGCCCGGGUACGCGAUGGGACCCCCGGGCCUCGAGGGGUACGGCUUCGGGCGCGGCCUGGCGUGCGCGGCCUACGCGGCGUGAGCCGGCCCUUCCCUCUUCCCCCUCCCCGUCCCCCCGGGGUCUGGGUCUCUCUCUCCCUCCCUCCUCCUCCCUGGCCCUCCCUGCUCCUCCCUGGCGGCCUGUAGCCGCCAGAAUCGCGGCACUCGGUGGAGCCGUUGCCGCCCCGCGGGGCCCCCUCGCGGCGAGCUGCCGCCGCCGCCCGGGCCUCACGGGCCGCCGCCGGGGCGAGCCGCCGCCGCCACCGCCGCCUGGGGCCCGCCCGCACCCUUCGGGCCGGCGGCGUCCUGCUCGGGAUGCCCAGGGCCGAGGCUUCAUGGAGACGCGCCGAUCUCGGCGAGGUUUAAGUUCUGGAGCCCGCGGAGAUGCCAGGCCCCCCCCCGGUG